AUGGAUUGGUGUUGCUUUACGAAAAAAGCUACCGAUGGAACUCCUAUGUAUUACGUUGGAAACCCUCUGUUUCAAGAAUGGUUUCGAAUCCCUCUCCCUCCUUUCCUCUCUUUGCAAGAUCUUAAGAUAUUAAGGAACCGCGGGCUUAACAGCGACAGUGGAUUGGUUACGAAGAUGCAGAGUGGUAUUGUUGUGAGUUACAAGGUAGUGUUCGUGAUGAGUCAUGGUGGUAUUAAAGUCGGUUUUGCGAUUUACUCAUCUGAUACAUGGACGUGGGAAACUCGACACGUGACUUGUCUUGAUUUUAUACUCUUGUUUGGUUCGCACAAGUCAAUUGCUUUGAAUGGGAUUCUUCACUGGAUUUUUUAUAGGGAUGGCAGUGGCACCCGUUCUAUUUUAGCCUACGAUUUCUAUGGAGGUCAUGAUGAUAUAUUGUGUAGUAUCGUAGAUUUCCCAGAUACUGGAGAAGUUGAGGGGUUAUCGCGUUUUACGAGAACCAUCACGACCUCGGAAGGGUCUAUUGUGUAUUUCAACGAGUUCGUUGAGAAUGGAAACCGCACAUUACGGGUUUGGAGGCUGGUCACGUACACCGAUGUUGAUCCUGAGGCGUGGCAGCUCUUUUGGGAAGUUAGCUUGGAGCCUUUGAUCGAGUUCUUUGGUGUCGUUAUUUCCCAGUGUCUUUACGAGGAAACCGCAGAGAAUAGCAAAAAGUGUAUGGAUGGUUGCAUCUUGAGUUUUAAUGAGUGCAGCGAGUAUAUGCAGAGGUACUAUAUCCCACUGAGAUCAACUGGUAUUGUUAAUCACCUCUUUUCACAGUAUGUUCUCCCUCGUUGGCUACAACGUCUCCCUCGUCCUCAGCCUACUUAA